AUGCUUAUGAAUGAUGAUAUUGAUGCUGGAAGAAAGGGUCGGAUUCUCCGUCGCUUCAUUUCAACGUGUCAGGACGGCAUGCACAGGUCAAUAGUCAACCUAUCGCGUCGUUCUCAUCCAGUGCUCCGCUUUCUUAGCUCGUCAGCUUCAGUGAAGGCAGAACUGGAAGUGGAGGAAGCUUCUUCACAUGUCUACCAUGUGAAGCUCAAUCGACCUGAUCGCCGCAAUACUUUCACUAUGGAGCUAUGGAAAGAAAUGAAAUCAACUUUCGAUAGACUUUCCGAGGAGCCAAAGUGUAGAGCAAUCGUUAUAUCGGGAAACGGCAAGUCUUUCUGUGCUGGGAUUGACCUACAACAAGGCAUGGGGGAGCUCAUAGGAAUGCUUAUGAAUGAUGAUAUUGAUGCUGGAAGAAAGGGUCGGAUUCUCCGUCGCUUCAUUUCAACGUGUCAGGACGGUUUCACUGCUAUUGAGGUAUGUCCAAAGCCAGUCAUCGCUGCAAUCCAUUCACAUUGUAUUGGUGCGGGUGUGGACUUGAUAAGUGCUUGUGAUAUUCGUUACGCCAGCAGUGAUGCCAUGUUCAGCAUAAGAGAAGUUGACAUUGGAAUGGCAGCAGAUGUUGGGACGCUAAACCGAUUUCAAAAAAUUGUAGGAAACGACAGCUGGACUAGGGAAUUGGCUUAUACGGCGAGAAACAUUGGUGCAGAUGAAGCACUUAAAUUUGGUAGGACUCCUAGGAGAAGUGAGAUUUCUGAGAUGGAAGUAGUGAUUGUUGGUCAUGGCGCAGUCAAAAGAUUGUCAUACUCUCACUUUUGCAAUGCUUUCCAUCUCCAGGAUGCUACUGGUACCUUCAGUUACUCUGUAAUCGCGAAAUAUUCAGGUUUGAUUUCUCGUAUUUUCAACUCUGAAAGGGAAGUCGUUGAAGGUGCUUUGGCCUUAGCGAAGAAGAUAGCUGAAAAGAGUCCAAUUGGAGUUCAGGGCACGAAGGAGGUUCUCAAUCAUGCCCGUGAUCACAGCAUUCGUGAUUCUUUGGAUUUCGUGAAGACGUGGAACAUGAGUCAAAUGCAGUCAACUGAUCUUCGUAAUGGCGCAAUGGCUGCUAUGAAUAAACAGAAGCCCGAGUUUGAAAAUGUAUAA